AUGCAGAGUGUCGCUUACACAGCGACGACGCUCCCUCCCGCGUCUUCAUCUCGUAACCUGGACUUCAAAACAGACUUUCACCCCGACAGCAAGCGCCCCUCGAAGACCGAGGCAUGGGACAAAUUCCGCAACACAGUGCAUCUGCUCCCGGCACUCAACAACAACGCGUCGGAACCAUGGGAGCCAUUCAAAUCGAAAGGUGACUGCGAGUUCGCCUCAAUCGCGAUAGACGCAAAACUCACACAGGCAAACGUUGAGCGCCUGCUGGCGCUCAUUGGCAAGGUGGCGAAAGGUAAUGCGGACAUCGAAACAUGUAAGAUAACGGUGGACUGGAAGAAACAGAAGAUACCCGUCGAAGUUCACAAACGAGACCUCUGGGAAUGGGCCAAGGAACUUCUGGCGAACAAGUCCCUCGCGCCGUACUUCGAAUGGGAUGCACAAAAAGUCUAUCGACGAGACGAUGAUUCAGAGCGAUUCGUCCGCAUGUAUGAUGAACCGUGGACAGCUGACAGAUGGUGGAGUAUACAGAGUAAACUACCUAAUCAACAUAGUGGCGCAACUCCCGCGCCGUUCUCGAUCCUUCUUUACGCGGACAAAACGCGUCUUUCGUCGUUUGGUACCGUCCAAGGGUACCCGGUCAUAGCAAGGUGUAUGAACUUGCCUAGUAAAAUUCGUAACGGAAACGGCGUCGGCGGCGCGCGCGUUGUUGGCUGGCUCCCCGUGCUCGGCGACGAUCCUGAGAAGGAAGGCAAGUUGUCAUACACGAACUUCAAGCGAGUGGUCUGGCACAAGUCCUUCAAAACGUUUAUAGAAGACAUCGGGACAUAUUCGAACGCGGGGAUGGUGCACGACUGCUUUGACGGUCAAAAACGUGUUCUAUUCCCGGCCAUAUUUGUUCUCUCUGCUGACUACGAGGAGCAAUGCAUGAUGGCAUUGAUACGCGGGCCUAAAGGCAAGUGCCCGUGUCCCAUCUGCCUUUCUCCGAAGGAGAACCUACGGGAUUUCCACACAAAGUACGAACACCGUACUUCAAAGCAAGGGCGUGAUCUAUACGACAAGUACAAGGCCAAUAAGGGCCUUGGUAACGAUGCUAUGAAGAAAGUCGGCUUGCGACCAGCUGAGAAUGUGUUCUGGGAUAUCCAGUACUCGGAUCCUCACGACGCGCUCUCGUUCGACCGCUUGCACUUUAAUCACGGUGGACUAUUCGGUCGACACUUACUCCCUGAACUACAGAAGAUAAUAAAGCACGUAAGCAGUAAGUUCGAGGGAACGAUGGGGAAGUUUGAUGCAAUGCCGAGAUGGCGAGACCUGAACCACUUCGCCCAUGCGGUCAAUACGUCAUUCUCUGACGGUAACAAGUUUCACGAUAUGUCAAAGCAAGUUCUAUUCGUGGCGCAAAACCUCCUCACACCCAAGACGUCGCCUGAAGGCUACGCGUUGCUUCUGGUCAUCAGAAGCUAUCUAGAACUCGACUGCUACAUCGGCCUUGACGUCCAUACGGACGAUACAAUUGCAGCCGGCGAAGCAGAACUUGAGCGGUUCAGCAAGGUGCUCGAUGACUACAUUGAACUUGCAAAAACAUCGCAGAUACCCGACAUAAAAAUCGAUUGGGAUUUCCCGAAAGCGCAUUACCUCAAGCACGCCUUCGAAGAUAUUCGAAACAAAGGCGCAAGUCGUAACUACAGCACGCGGCCAAAUGAGGGAGUGCACACUCUCCUCAAAGCGGCGUACGGUCGUACCAACGGCAAGGAAAUCGCAGAGCAAAUUCUACGAAUAGAUCAACACCGGCUUGCGAUUAACUUGAUUUUCAGUCGCAUAUCAGAGUACGAAGCCGCUCUCUCUGCUCAAGACGAAUCUGCAAGCAACGACACUGGUGCCGAGUACAGUUCUUUCACAUCAUCUUCUGAGAAGUUCUAUGUAGGAUCGUCUCAGCCCAUCACCACCAUCACAAACCUUCAGAGCGAUCACCCUCACGACCCGGCAUUUCAAGAUUUCCACAACGUACUCGAGAGGUUCGUCAAUGAGACUCUGCCAAAUCUCGAGGGGAUGGAGGGAUACAGGGCCCAGCUGGUUUCGUGGCAGAGGCUCGGUCGCAGCUAUCAGGUAUGCAUAGGCUAUAAUCCAUCUGGCAUUGCUCUACAGACGACGGACUAUCUACACUGUCACCCCAAGUUUCACCAUCACCCUCGCUAUGAUUGCGCCUUGGUGCAAGUAUCGGACACCAGCGAGGCCUUCGUGCGUCUCGUCUUUGCUUUUCAGAUUCACCUCGCCGGUGUCGACGAGCCCCUCUCAUUGGCGCUUGUCCAGCCUUACACGGCGGGCCUUCCGGGACUAGCGAGAAGGGUGGACAAGGACCUCGGCCUCGUCCGUGUGAAGGCUACUCCUCGGGCUUCCUCUAUUAUCAUCCCGCUGGGUUCGAUUAUCCGCGGGGCACUGCUCGCUCCUGACUUCAAGUCAGCGGACCAUUCCGAGUUUUUUGUUAUGACACAUAUCGAUGGAGAUAUGUUCCUUCGAAUGAAGGAAUGGUCUCGCUGA